AUGACACUGCACUAUACCGACAAGGAUGAGGAGCGUAUGCCCCUCACGUCCCCCACUGAUACCGACAGUCAAGACCAAGGCACACUAUAUGAAUCGCCCAACGCUGACGGUCCCCCAUAUUUGCUUUGGGCUUGCCUGUUAGUGGCAGUUCUAUCGACUUUCAAUGUUGUCUUGCUUCCCUUUUCGCUCCACGGCGCGCUCCCCCUAACACCCCAGGAGCUCGAGAAUCUGCCGUAUGUCGAUCAACGGAUGGGGCUGAACCGCCUUGCCGCAUUCGCGCCUUCUACGCAAACGUACUAUCGCUCUCAGCCAGACCAAAUUGCUCGACUGAAUGGCAAGUACAAAAACGCUGUUUAUGGUACAGGAACGCAGGUCGUUUUCUCCACCACGGACGUCACGUUGAUGAGAUUUGUAGUGCCUCCACACGGAGGAUAUAUGUGCAACGUAGCUUGGUACCCUCCCCAACACAACACAAUGCACGGUCGAACGAAAGUCUUGGAAACAGAAGGCGACGUUUCUCAAAUAGAAGUAUGGUCCGUCAUUGCCUUCAACUCCUCCAUCCCUCUUCCCAAGCUCGAUCUGGACACCAUGUCAUGGGGCGACCGCCCAAUUCGUGGCGAACUCCUUGGCACGCUCAAUCUUAAUUCAACCCCGAACGCUACGACAGUCGAUUUCGCUUGCCCAUUCAGCGACAUGGUAUUAAUAGUGGAGUUGAGGUGCUUGAUUCCAAGGUGUUAUGUCAAGUUCAACCAAAUUCCGGCAAUUCCUGCAUACGGAUUUGAACUCGUCAGACAUGCAUAA